AUGAGUGCCGCGCUCGCCUCCAAGCAGCAGUCGCUAAAGAUCUUCGAGAAGCUCAAGACCAAGCCAGCAAACAAGAUCUGUUUCGAUUGCGGCCAGAAAAACCCAACAUGGACCUCGGUGCCCUUCGGCAUCUACCUCUGCCUCGACUGCUCCUCCAACCAUCGAAACCUUGGCGUCCACAUCUCCUUUGUGCGGUCGACCAACCUUGACCAGUGGCAAUGGGACCAGCUCCGUAUCAUGAAGGUUGGCGGCAACGAAUCUGCCACCAAGUUCUUUCAGUCCAAUGGCGGUACCGCCGCGCUGAACAGCAAAGACCCCAAGACCAAGUACCAGUCCAACGCGGCGACCAAGUACAAGGACGAGCUCAAAAGACGGGCCGCUAAGGAUGCCCUGGAGUACGUUAACGAUGCGCCUUACCCGACUGAGGUCGUUAUCACUGACGGCGAGUCGGCCGACGGUACAUCCACCCCGGCUGGAGAGCCCGAUGACGACUUCUUUUCAUCCUGGGACAAGCCCGCUAUCAAGAAGCCCACGCCGCCAGUUUCCCGAACCGCGACCCCGCCAGUCAUCAGCCGCACUGCGUCUCCUUUCCUCAAGGCCGGCGGAGAAAAUGGCGGUGCCCGUGCCACUUCGCCCGCAGCUGGCGAACCACCAAAGCCUGCUGCUGCUCGCAUAACACACUCAUCCGCGCUCAAGAAGACGUCGACUGGAGCUAAGAAGACGAGCGUGCUGGGCGCCAAGAAGGCCGGCAGCAAGUUGGGCGCCAAGAAGGUUGUCGCAGCUGCCGACAUUGACUUUGACGAGGCGGAGAAGAAGGCAAAGGAGGAAGCAGAGCGCAUCGAGAAGCUGGGCUACAAUCCCGACGAGGAGGAGGCCGAGGCCAAGAAGGCGGCUGCCGAGUCCAGCACCAGCAUUGUCUCCCCAACCCCUGUCAGCCCGCCGCGCGGAGGCUACGGUUCUGCAUCUCACACGCGGGAGAAGUCGGCUUCCGAGGUGGAGCGACUCGGUAUGGGAAUGGGCCGGCUAGGUUUUGGCCAAAUUGGUGCCAACAAGGCUGCGGCGGCGGCCAAGAAGCAGACUGGCACCGGUGGCUUCGGGUCUGUUGGGCCGAUCAAGGCUGCCCCCGAGACUGAUGAGGAGAAAUACGCGCGAAGCAAAUUUGGCAACCAAAAGAGCAUCUCAUCCGACGAGUUCUUCGGCAAGGGCUCGUACGAUCCAAACGCGCAAGCCGAGGCCAAGACGCGCCUGCAAGGUUUCGAGGGCGCCUCAGCCAUCUCGUCCAAUGCCUACUUUGGACGCCCCGAUGAGGAGCAGACGGAGGAGUAUGGCGACCUCGAGAGUGCCGCCAAGGACUUCAUCCGCAAGUUCGGUAUCACGGCUGGCGACGACCUGGAAAACCUACAACAGGUCCUCGGCGACGGUGCUAGCAAGCUGCAGGGUGCCAUCCGGAGCUACCUGGGCAGCUGA